AUGGGGAGAAAUUGUGUGAACAGGCUGAAAGGAGGAGGUUUUGAGGGAGAAGUCUCCGGUCAUGGAUCUGACUGGAGAGAUAUGCAGGAAUCAGUGACCUUCAAGGAUAUAGCUGUAGACUUCACCCAGGAAGAGUGGGCCCUGCUGGACACAUCCCAGAGAAAGCUGUACAGAGAUGUGAUGCUGGAGAACAUCAGUCAUCUGGUCUCUGUGGGGUAUCAUCUCUGCAAAUCAGAUGUGAUUUCCCAGUUGGAACAAGGAGUGGAGCUGUGGAGGGAGGGAAGAGGAUUUCCCCAAGGCCCGAAUCCAGACAGGAAAAGUGGCCUUAAGAGACAAGAAGACAUCUGCAGAAAAGACCCAUCUAAUUGCAUGUCAAUGCGGCCGGCAGGGGGCGCGCGGACCCGCCUUCUCCGUCGCGCCGCGCAGGCCCGCGUGGAACGCAUGCGCGUCGCGCCCGUUGCCCUCGAUGCCGCGUCUGCACGAGAGCUCGAGCCUCGUUCUCUCCGGACAGACCCAGGAGGUGCCGCUGCGGACGACGAGGGCCGGCGUGUGCGGUGA